CGGGUCCGAGCGGCCAACGGGCUCGGCCGGGGCGGGACGUCACUUCUGGCGGCGCCGAAUGAAAUGGCGAGCGGUGGCGGCGGCGGCGGCGGCGGCGGCGCGGGGAAGAUGGCGGACAAGGAGAAGAAGAAGAAGGAGAGCAUCUUGGACCUCUCCAAGUACAUCGACAAGACCAUCCGGGUGAAGUUCCAGGGCGGGCGGGAAGCAAGUGGUGUCUUGAAAGGCUUUGACCCUCUUCUGAACCUCGUGCUGGACGGUACCAUUGAGUACAUGCGAGAUCCAGAUGACCAAUUCAAACUGACAGAAGACACACGUCAGCUGGGACUCGUGGUUUGCAGGGGGACUUCUGUGGUUCUUAUCUGUCCACAGGAUGGAAUGGAAGCUAUUCCAAACCCUUUCAUUCAGCAACAAGAUGGUUAAUGCUUUCUUUGGAUUGUCUCUGAAGGCUUCAAGGGUGCAAGUCAUUGGAGAAAACUAUCAGUGUGUGAGAAGCUUCCUGUUUUGGGGAGGGAGUUUGAAUGUCUAUUUGUUAGUGUGAAAAAACAGUCAGCUUUUAUUUUUGUGGCUCUCCAUAAAUUAUGUGAGGAUGGGGCAUGCAAGAAGUAAGUUCUGGUUUCCCCCCACCAGCCCCAAAUGAGUGUGUAACUACAUUGUUUAGAGCUGACAGGAGAGAACAAACUGUCAUUAAUUGUCUGAGACCCUCUUGAUCUUGUGAGUUUUGAAACAAACCCAUUAAAUUAGUUAAGAAUGCCCUAAAUAUUGGUUAUAUUCUUUACAUUUUUAAAUACAUUAAAUUGUAUUUAAUCUAAAUCAAAGCCUAAAUACAUUAAAACAUGUUUUUCUUCCUCUUAGAUGUCAGUACUCAGCUGGGAAGCAUUGUGCUGUAUUCUUCCUGCUGUUGAGUUCAGUCUCUUUUGUGCAGGGAAAUUACCUUCCUUGUUUAGUACUGUGUCACCACCUUGGCAGGGGAUGUAGCCAAGAAGGUCUUUUCCAGCACUUGUUCCAGGUCUGGUGCACUGUGAUCUGUGUGUCAGCUGGCUCACACAUUCCUUACAGAAGGACUGGACUAACUUGUGGGAUGAUUCUUUGUUGAGUAACUUGAACCUUAUAGAGGUAUCUGUUUGAUACUUGGAAUUUUGGGGGAAGAAUAUUUAAAAUUCUGAUGUUCAGUUGUAGGCAGUGCUGGAAAUACUGCAUAUUUUUAUAUUGUAGCUAUCCACUGAUGGUUCUGCUUGUUAUAACUUGAUUUGUAAGUAAACAUUUUUAUUUCUUUUAUACUGCAGAAAAUGCAAGAUUUGAGGAGUUUUGAGUGAAUAAAUACAAAUGAAUCUGUUUCUAAA